AUGAUGGCGGGUUGGGAUGCGGGUGGUACAGAGAUGCUACGCUCUCUGAGCGACUCGGCUAUCCCCCCGCCACGAGUCUAUGCCAAUUUUCUGCCUCACGAACCGAGAAAAAGACAGUUCAACCAUCUGCACCACCUGGAUAUCACCAACAACAACUACCAGAUCAUUCCCGAAUAUUGGAAGCGGCCUCGACUUGACACUCACUACGAUGAGUGCUCUAUGGGUCGCUGUGACUACCAGCCAGUGCCUGCGUUUUUCAUCAUCAAGGAGGCCCCGUCAGCGAGGGCGAGGCUCGAGAGCCAUCAACUUGCGCACAUGGACUCAGCACACCAGUACAACUACGAUAGCGUGUCAACACAAAUAAACAAUCCAUGUCUUGAUCUUCGGGUGCGGAACGACAAGGGACCUGUGUCUAUGGUUCGCCCGCUUAACACAACGGACAAUGCUCAUCAUGAUGCAGCUGCGGGUCUCGUCGAAGCAGACAUGGCAGACUACCGACGACGAAGGAAGCUCUCUCAACACGAAAGGAUCCUGAAAAGCAUUAUCAGUCCCAAAGCACUAAGCGCCGAAUUUGAAAUUGACGACCAGGCACUUCAAGGCAUAUUUUACGCUGCCAAUGAGAUCUUCUUUCGGGGAAGUCUCAAGGGCCGAGUGUCCUGGACAUGGGCGGAUCUUCCAGCCAAUAUCAUCGGCACUACGGCAUGGAGGGAUGCGCCAGAUGGCCACGGUUACGAGACCCUGAUCUUCCUGUCGAGGGAGAUUCUCAAGAACAAGAAAUACAACAGACGCCUACUCAUAUCCACCUUCAUCCACGAACUCAUUCACAGCUAUCUCUUCGUCUACUGCGGAUAUCACCCUGAUGAUUGCGGCGGUCACACGAGCGGGUUCAAACGCAUCGCCAAACUCAUCAACAACUGGGUCGGCGAGGAGAAUCUCCUGCAGCUCCACAAGAUGGAGGCCGAGCUGAGCGACUUCGAAACAAGCGCGGCAGACGCGCUACCGCGCGAUCACGUCUCCGGCGGGUGCCAGGUGCAGUGGCUCUGCGACGGCACGCUCGGAUACAUCAUUUUACGUUCACGGGACCGGGGCCGGGGCCCCGCGCUAGGAGGAUAA